UUCAAUCUUCCUUCUAAAUUUAGAAAUUAUAUCCAACCAUCGGGCAACAAAUUUACUGCCAACAUUUCUCAAAUUUAUGUGUCGAUAUUUUGCAAAAUGGAAUUAUUUUGCGGCAUCACAUGUUUAUUUGUUAGUUUAGUUGUGGUUCCUGUGUCAAGCUUCUCCGAUGACUCAGACACGCAGAAAAUUUUAGCCAUCUUGGCUGAGCAACGCGAUGAGAUUUUGCAGUUGAAAGAAACAGUGUUGCGCGUGGAAAACGACAAUGCGUUUUUGAAACAGGACAACAAUGAACUAAGGAAUGAAAUUCGUCAUCUCAAAGGGAAAAUGGGAAAGCUAGAAACAUCAGAAAGCACCAUUGAUUCGCACUCGAGGUAUAAUGCCAACACCGUGGAAAGUGCGAAAAUGUAUCAACGACACAAAAGACUACUGCUCAAUGCACCAUAUGAAUACAGAGAAAAUGAAAAAGUAGCAUUCACUGCCAAACUUUCCAAACACAUGACUAACCUUGGCAACAAUCAACCAAUAGUUUUCGACAGAAUCGUGACGAACAUAGGACAGCGCUACUCUCCAAAUACUGGCGUAUUUACUGCACCAACCAAUGCCACAUACUACUUCUUUGCGAGUAUUAUGAGUCAUACAGGUCAACCACUUGAGACUGAGAUAGUCAAGAAUGGAGUAAGAAUGGUGUUAAUGUAUUCCUAUGAUAACAUGCAUGAGCAAGGCACCAACAGUGUAGUCCUUCAACUUAGUACUGGAGACGAAGUCUGGGUCCGUCAUACAGCUACAGUUGGUACAAUGGUGUACGGGAAUAACUGGCCAACAUUCUCAGGCUUUCAAAUAUCUGACAGUUAUUAUCUGUCAGCUUCACCAUGAAUAUCCUUCUACUACUCAAUAAACUUUAAUCAGUU